AUCAUUGUCCUGUGGGCUAGCUUUAUAACAGAAGCUCCAGACAGGGAGCCACGUUGCUAAUGGGCCAGUCAUCUCCUGAGAAGAGGAAUAGAGGAAGGGAUCAAUGCAUCUGUGACCGUCUGCUGCAGUCAAACUUCUUCCUCCUCCUGUUUUUUUUUUUUUUUUUAAAUUUUGUGAGACAAGAUUUCUUCUGUGUAGCCCUGACUGUCCUGGAACUUGCUCUGUAGACCAGGUUGGGCCGAACUCAGAGAUCCAUCCACCUGCCUCUGCCUCCCAAGUGCUGGGAUUAAAGCCGUGUGCCACCACUGCCCUGUGCCCAUCAAACUCUUUCUAUACUGGGAGGAAAGAGUAGUUUUGUGGCGCUUAUUUGGCCUUGGUUGCUGUUUUCUCUUAUGCAGAGAAGGUAGCCUGACUCUGAUUAUGCUGCAGCUCUAGAAAGGGAUGAGCGAUCAUUCUUGAGUUCAAAGGAAAAGGCCAUGCACCCAGGCCUCAAACUCUGCAGGUCUGGAGCCUACGAGCAACUCAUCGGGUGAGACCAAGGUGCCAUUGGCUGCUCUCUGAAGAGAAGGGAGAGGCUGACCUCAGAAUGAGAUGGGAAUGAGAGUGACCAAGGAAGAUUUCUGGGUGUUUGUCUGGUAGUGAAGCUUUAAGGCAUGGUUAUUUUACGUGACCCAGACUGAACCCGAACCCACAAUUCUGAUGCCUCAGGCUCUGAAGUGCUGGAAUUACAAACGUGCACCACCUCACCGGGCUCAGGGAGUGUUUCUCAAGGCAUUCGCUCUUGAAAAAUCGGCACAAGUGGAUAAGAAUGGCUCACUUGCUGUACAGGUUGCUCCAGAUCAAGGGGGCGUAGCCUUCUGUAGCAACUCAGCAUUGAUUGGAUCUCAGGGUUUCAUUGUCUCCCUUGGAUUGGCCGAAAGACCUUCUUCUACUCACUGAGCCUGCGCGAGGCAGGAGCGAAAAGGAGGGGGGCCUCUGAAAAGAUGGCGGCUGCUCCUGCCGGUGUGGGCCGCCUCGAGGAAGAGGCGCUGCGACGGAAAGAACGACUAAAAGCUCUCCGGGAGAAAACUGGGCGCAAGGACAGGGAAGAUGGGGAACCACAGACCAAGCAGCUCAGAGAAGAGGAAGAGGAAGUUGGGAAGCACAGGGGCCUCAGGCUUCGGAACUAUGUCCCAGAGGAUGAAGACCUGAAGAGGAGGCGGGUUCCCCAGGCCAAACCAGUUGCAGUGGAAGAGAAGGUGAAGGAGCAGCUGGAGGCUGCCAAGCCAGAGCCUGUCAUAGAGGAAGUGGACCUGGCCAACCUGGCACCCCGGAAACCCGAUUGGGAUCUCAAGAGAGAUGUGGCUAAGAAGCUAGAGAAGUUAGAAAAGCGGACCCAGAGAGCCAUUGCAGAGCUGAUCCGUGAACGGCUAAAAGGGCAGGAAGACAACCUGGCCUCUGCAGUGGACGCCACCACCGGACAAGAGGCUUGUGACUCUGACUGAGAUGUCUUCUGAGUCCCACCUGUUCAGAACACUCAUCCUGGGGGAGGAUAGUCUCAGCAGGGAUGGGGUUAGACUGGCUAGCACUUCUGGGUCUUGAGAACCGAGCCAACCCACUGAGUCUCAGCUUCUGUUGGCUGUGACCAGUUCAUCUCCCAAGGGUGCCCACCCCCUGAGUGGGUCGAAGCUGAGAUCUGUACAUAUGUAUGUAAACGGAGCUUUUUAACUUUUAGAAAUAAACUCCAUUUAGUAGA